AUGCAUGACUACUUGAGGAAGAUUAGAGGGCAAGGAAGAUCACCUAAAUACAAGAGUUGGGGAAAUCAUGAUGGACAAGCUAAUUUCUCUUUUUCAUUUGUCACCAAGUUAAUGACAGUGAAAUCUGAUACAAGCAUUCUUCAGUGCAACUCACAACAGGUAAGUGGUAUGUAUGGUGAUUUAUGUAAUCUGAAUACAAGAAAGAUGGAAUCAACUCACUUUACAUUUGAUUUAAGAGAAGCAAUGACGACAGACAAUAACAUACGGCAUGUUCCUGUCAUAGAUGAGAGAAUAGUCGGCAUGGUUUCUAUUGUAGACGUUGUCCGAGCAAUGGUGGAUCAACAAAAUCGAGAAUUGAAGAGACUGAACGCGUUCAUCAAAGGAGACUACUACUAG